AUGCAGUGCCUCUCACAUCUAGUCGAAUUAUUCACCCCCAAGACGAUGUCCCUCACCUCCUCCAACACUUCCGUCGACCUGCUCGUUCUCGGCGGCGGGUGGACCUACACGUUCCUCAAGCCCUUACUCGAGGACUCGUCUAUCUCGCACGUUGCGACGACUCGCGAUGGCCGGGACGGGACAUUGACGUGGGCUUGGGAUAAUGAGAGUGACGAUGAUACGCAGUACGAUGCGCUGCCAAGGGCCAAGACGGUGUUGAUCGUGUUCCCGCUCAAGGGGCAAGGGAUGAGUAAGCGCCUGGUGGAAGGGUUCGAGAAGGAGCAUGGAUCAGUCAAGUGGAUUCAGCUGGGUAGUACUGGUAUCUAUGAUGUGAGUGUGGGCAAGCGCAUACUUGUGCAACUUAGGAGUUCGCGAGCGAGAGGCCGAGCUAAGCGCCAUCGCCCGGGUUCGCCACCGCGACAUAACAGGGUGGGCCAACCUUGGCGGCAGCAUCGCAAACACAAGGCAGCGUAAAUGAAAAGUCAGCGGUCGACUCAAAGGGCAAAGAGUUCGAAUGGACGACGAGGCACUCCGAGUACGCGACCGACAACCCGAGGGCGAUCGCUGAGGACGAACUGCUCUCGCUCCGAGCCAAUGCGUUCGUGCUCGACUUGUGCGGUCUUUGGGUACGUUGUAUAGGCUGUGAACUCUGCAAGCCAUGAGUCAUACGUAGCUUUACUCUAGCAGAUAUCCCUCCGCUCACUGUUUUCUUGCUCAUUUAAUCAGGGCGGCACGCGCGACCCAGCAAAUUGGUUUCAAAGGAUUGCUCCGUCCAAGGCAGCGCUCGGGGCCAAGGGCUCGGUACACUUUAUCCACGGCCUUGACGUUGCUCGAGCCGUGAUCGCAGUCCAUCUCUCGCCUUCGGUGUCGAGCUCAAGCGCUCCUGCCGCAGAGUCCGCUAAGGGACCGGAGUCGUCAAGGAAGUUCCUCGGUCGCCGUUACCUUUUGACCGAUUUGCGGGUGUACGACUGGUGGGAUCUCGCCUCGGCUUGGGCCGCUGAACCUUCGGCAGAAAAGGCGGUUAAGGAUGCUGGUGAUUGGGUGAGGGAGUUGUUGAGGGAGCAUAACGUACGAGCGCUUCCCCGGACGCCCGAGGUGAUCGGUCGGGCGCUCGAUUCGAGAGAGUUUUGGGAGGAGUUUGGCUUGAACCCAGUCAAGGGGCGGUGGGAGCGAGCCAGGUUGUAA